AUGGAGCCGGCAGCCGGCACUCCCGGCCCGCUGAUCAUGAACAACAAGCAGCCUCAGCCGCCGCCACCUCCGCCGCCUGCAACCGCGCAGCCUCCACCUGGGGCACCGCGGACCGCCGGAGGCCUCCUGCCUGGUGGCAAAGCCCGAGAGUUCAACCGCAACCAGAGAAAAGACUCGGAGGGCUAUUCUGAGUCUCCAGACCUGGAGUUUGAGUAUGCUGACACAGACAAGUGGGCUGCUGAGCUCUCGGAGCUCUACAGCUACACAGAAGGACCAGAAUUCCUGAUGAAUCGAAAAUGCUUUGAGGAGGACUUCCGGAUGCACGUGACAGAUCGGAAGUGGACCGAGCUGGACACCAACCAGCACCGCACCCACGCCAUGAGGCUCCUGGACGGCCUGGAGGUCACUGCCAGGGAGAAGAGGCUCAAGGUGGCUCGGGCGAUCCUCUACGUUGCCCAAGGCACCUUUGGGGAGUGCAGCUCAGAGGCCGAGGUUCAGUCCUGGAUGCGCUACAACACCUUUCUGCUCUUGGAGGUGGGCACCUUCAACGCUCUGGUGGAGCUUCUGAACAUGGAAAUAGACAACAGUGCUGCCUGCAGCAGUGCGGUGAGGAAGCCAGCCAUCUCUCUGGCUGACAGCACGGACCUGAGGGUCUUGCUCAACAUCAUGUACCUGAUUGUGGAGACCGUUCACCAGGAGUGUGAGGGUGAUAAGGCCGAGUGGAGGACAAUGCGACAGACCUUCAGGGCUGAGCUGGGUUCCCCGCUGUACAGCAGUGAGCCAUUUGCCAUCAUGCUGUUUGGGAUGGUGACCAAAUUUUGCAGUGGCCAUGCACCUCACUUCCCCAUGAAAAAGGUUCUCUUGCUGCUUUGGAAGACAGUGUUGUGCACUCUGGGCGGCUUUGAGGAGCUGCAGAGCAUGAAGGCCGAGAAGCGCGCUCUCCUGGGGCUCCCCCCACUGCCUGAGGACAGCAUCAAGGUCAUCCGCAACAUGAGGGCUGCCUCACCCCCAGCCUCUGCCUCUGACCUGAUUGAGCAGCAGCAGAAACGGGGCCGUCGGGAGCAUAAGGCACUCAUAAAGCAGGACAACUUGGAUGCCUUCAACGAGCGGGAUCCCUACAAGGCUGAUGACUCUCGAGAGGAGGAGGAGGAGAAUGAUGACGACAACAGUCUAGAGGGGGAGACGUUCCCCCUUGAGCGGGAUGAGGUCAUGCCUCCCCCACUGCAGCACCCCCAGACCGACAGGCUGACCUGCCCAAAGGGGCUCCCGUGGGCUCCCAAGGUCAGGGAGAAAGACAUUGAGAUGUUCCUUGAGUCCAGCCGCAGCAAGUUCAUAGGUUACACUCUGGGCAGUGACACGAACACAGUGGUGGGGCUGCCCAGGCCAAUCCACGAAAGCAUAAAGACUCUGAAACAGCACAAGUACACGUCAAUCGCAGAGGUCCAGGCACAGAUGGAGGAGGAGUACCUUCGCUCUCCUCUCUCGGGGGGAGAAGAGGAAGUCGAACAGGUCCCUGCAGAAACUCUCUACCAAGGCUUGCUCCCCAGCCUGCCACAGUACAUGAUAGCGCUGCUGAAGAUCCUGCUGGCCGCAGCUCCCACCUCCAAGGCCAAAACAGACUCGAUCAACAUCCUAGCUGACGUCCUGCCUGAGGAGAUGCCCACCACAGUGCUACAGAGCAUGAAGCUGGGAGUGGAUGUGAACCGCCACAAAGAGGUCAUCGUUAAGGCCAUUUCUGCCGUGCUGCUGCUGUUGCUCAAGCACUUCAAGCUGAACCACGUCUAUCAGUUUGAGUACAUGGCCCAGCACCUGGUGUUUGCCAACUGCAUCCCUUUGAUCCUAAAGUUCUUCAAUCAAAACAUUAUGUCCUACAUCACUGCCAAGAACAGCAUCUCUGUCUUGGACUACCCUCACUGCGUGGUGCAUGAGCUGCCAGAGCUGACUGCUGAGAGUCUGGAAGCAGGUGACAAUAACCAGUUUUGCUGGAGAAACCUCUUUUCUUGUAUUAAUCUGCUUCGGAUCUUGAACAAACUGACAAAAUGGAAGCAUUCAAGGACAAUGAUGCUGGUGGUGUUCAAGUCGGCCCCUAUCCUGAAGCGGGCCCUGAAGGUGAAACAGGCCAUGAUGCAGCUGUACGUGCUGAAGCUGCUCAAGGUGCAGACCAAGUAUCUGGGACGGCAGUGGCGGAAGAGCAACAUGAAGACCAUGUCUGCCAUCUACCAGAAGGUGCGGCACCGGCUCAACGACGACUGGGCCUACGGCAACGAUCUCGAUGCCCGGCCUUGGGACUUCCAGGCAGAGGAGUGUGCCCUCCGUGCCAACAUCGAGCGCUUCAACGCCCGGCGCUAUGAUCGGGCCCACAGCAACCCUGACUUUCUGCCUGUGGAUAACUGCCUGCAAAGUGUCCUGGGCCAGCGGGUGGACCUCCCUGAGGACUUCCAGAUGAACUAUGACCUCUGGUUAGAAAGGGAGGUCUUCUCCAAGCCCAUUUCCUGGGAAGAGCUACUGCAGUGA